GAGCGGAGGGCAGGAGAGCUACGGACGGGGGAGAGGCCUGGGAGCGGGCCGAGUCCCAGGCGCUCAGCACCAGCAGCAGCAGCAGCAGCAGCAGCAGGAGCCGCAGGAGCAGAACCUGCAAGAUUUGGAAAUGUCCUUUAUAUUUGAUUGGAUCUAUAGUGGCUUCAGUAGUGUACUGCAGUUUCUAGGUCUGUACAAGAAAACUGGUAAACUAGUAUUUCUUGGAUUAGAUAAUGCUGGAAAAACCACCCUCCUGCAUAUGCUUAAAGAUGACAGAUUGGGACAACAUGUCCCCACACUACAUCCAACUUCAGAAGAGCUGACAAUUGCUGGCAUGACUUUCACUACUUUUGAUCUAGGUGGACAUGCCCAAGCUCGCAGAGUUUGGAAAAACUACCUGCCUGCCAUCAAUGGCAUUGUUUUCCUGGUGGAUUGUGCAGACCAUGAAAGAUUGGCUGAAUCUAAGCAAGAGCUGGAUGCACUAAUGACAGAUGAAACUAUUGCUAAUGUGCCUAUCCUAAUUCUUGGUAACAAGAUUGACAGACCAGAAGCCAUCAGUGAAGAAAGGUUACGAGAGAUGUUUGGCUUGUACGGGCAGACAACAGGAAAGGGGAAUGUCCCUGUGAAGGAAUUGAACACCCGACCUCUAGAAGUCUUUAUGUGCAGUGUGUUAAAGAGGCAAGGCUAUGGUGAAGGAUUUCGUUGGAUGGCGCAAUACAUCGAUUAAUGCCUAAAUCACAUUAGCUCAUACCUUCCCAAACCUGUUCUUUAUUUGAUCACUCAUUGUACAUAACUUGAACUCAAUAGAUUUUGGUUAAAAAAAGUGUAUUUUUUUUAUUAUUGUAUCAGUUGUUUUAAAUUUUAAGUGUAAAGACUGAAAGCAGAUUUUAAGCCAGUUUGUCAAUUUGGAUCUUGUAACACUAGUCUCUAGUCCUAUAAAACAACUUUCUUUUGAGAUUUAUAGGUUGUCUGUUGUCUGUAGUCCUUUUUAAAAAAAAAAAACUUUCCAGCACAGUAUGUGUUUUGAAUGCACUUUUUAACAGCCCAGCCCUACAGACUUGUUGGUCAUAUUUAAUGCUCAUCAUGUUAAAUUUUUAUGUACUUUUUUCAAAACUGGUUUUAUAAAUGUAGAGUGUAUAUCUGCCUCUCAGAGAAUAGUAAUGAAUCAGCUUAUGGAUAAUUGCAUGAUGCCUUACAGAUUUCAAUAAUACACUUUCUUAUGCAACGUCAUGCAAUAAAACUAAAUCCCAUUUCUUGGCAUCUUUAAUGGGAAAUAUUUCAUUUUAAUGUGUCUUAACCUAGUAAAGAUGUUUCAAGAUGUGAAUAUGUGGGGCAGCUUGUGGAAAUGCAGUAUAAUUUCAGUGUACUGUAGACUUCAUUUUUAUUAUUUAUCUGAUUACUUUUAUGCUCGCAGUGAAUCAAAUUAACAUUAACCAUGUUUGCUGAAUCUUAACAUUCACUCAUGGUAGUUCACAUUAUAAAGUCAGAGAUGCCAUGGUGUCUAUGUGCAGUGUGUCCCAUAGUUCAGUGGAUGCUUUAAUGCAGUAAUGGGGAGAACACAGGAAGAGGAGAAAGCUUUGCAUACCCCUUCAGCAUUCAGAGGUCCACAAGACAUCGGCUUUGGGUCCUCUUUGGCUGGUGAAAUGUUCCUCUAAGCCAGUGCUUCUCAAUUAUUUUCUGUCAUGCCCCCCCCCCUAGGAAGAAGAAAACAUUUCGCGUCCCCCGCGCGACUGUGAAUAGUAUCAUUUGUCUAUAAAAUUGUUAUAAGUACACCUCUGCAUAACAGAGCCUCGCGCCCCCCUUUACAGAGCCUCCGCCCCCCCUGGGGGGCCCGACCCACUAUUUGAGAAAGGCUGCUCUAAGCAGAUGUCAUUCCCUUUGAAUGGUUCAUUGCAAAACAAUGCAAAGAAAUAACUACCUUCCAAAAAUACUCAUUCACUGCGCAAGUUAAUGAAGUGAUAGUAGUUGUGCAGAGAAAGUUAACUCAUUCAACCAUUUUUCUUCAGUAUUACCAUGAGUUGUUUCAAUACCAUUUUAGUAAAUAAUUUAAAGACUUCAGUUCUAACAUUAAUUUCAGCAGAGUAGGUUCAGGUAUAAUUUGGUAUCACUAUAUCUCCUUAAGCACAGGGCAGCUUCUUUGGAGACUGUUUUAUAGCUCAGCUUCCUUUUCUGAAUGCCCUGGUUUGCUGAAAUGCCAGCUGAGUUUUAUGUGUAGGAUUAAGCGUGAGAAGAGGUGAGGUCUGAUGUAGUGCAAUGUCAUGUAAUGCCUUGGAUGAAAGGGUGCUUAUUUUUGAGGCAUGGGAUGGGAUUGUGAUAAUAUCAAGAUUAUUGAGUAUAGUUUUCCAGGUAUGUGCAUCCAUCUGUCCUUUCAAAAGCAGAGAAUAAAUAAGAGGGUUGAUCAGGUG